UUCCCGACAGCCCUGGCUCCGGUGUUUGCAGGGCUCAGGGCGGCGCGGUUGCUCUCUGGGGUUUCUCAGGGCGCCCUCGCCUCCCCCUGGCCCCACGCACGGGCAGUUCUUUUGGAGUUGGGUGUGCGGGUGAUCUUUUGGGCCCCACGCAGUUCUUUUGGAGUUGGGCGUGCGGGUGGUCACGCUUAACUGUUUUACAUUCAGACUCUGAAUCGUAGCCAUUUGAGGAUCGCUAUGCUUACCCGAGGGGGUAGUGGCGUCGGAGGGCCGGUCAGCAGUGGGUGAAAAGGAGACAGGGAAUCUGCUUUUCUGAGUGACUUUAGGCGAACCCCUUCACCUCUCCAGGCGUCCCAGGAAAGGCGUCCUUUCUUUAUAAGAACAUGGUGUUAAAAGUGGGAACUUGAAAGCACCGCGGAGAAAUGCAGUGGGACCACUUCUCCACCAAGCCGAUUUUUGGAUCUGGGACCGAGCCUGGGCAAUCUCUCUCUCUCCGCCCUGCCUCCGGCGCCCAGGUCUUUGCUUCGUGGAGACAGGAUGGACAGAUUCCUGGUGAAAGGGGCGUUAGGGGACCUUUUCGGAAAGAGGGAGCGAGAGGCGAGCGGAGAAGGUCCAGCAGGCCUGCAAGCGGACCAGGAGGGUGGCAGGAAAAGGCCGAAGGCGGAGACCCCGGGGAAUGCAGGCCACCAGGCCGGCCCCAGCUGGCAGCACAUCCGGGCUGAGGGCCUGAGCUGUGAUUACACAGUCCUGUUUGGCAAAGCCGAAGCAGACAAGAUUUUCCAGGAGCUGGAGCGGGAAGUGGAGUAUUUUACAGGCGCGCUGGCCAGGGUCCAGGUGUUUGGGAAGUGGCACAGUGUGCCCAGGAAGCAGGCGACCUAUGGCAACCCCGGGCUGACCUACACGUUUUCGGGCCUUACUCUGUCUCCAAAGCCCUGGAUCCCAGUUCUAGAGCGCGUCCGGGAUCGUGUUUCUGCGGUGACUGGAGAGACCUUCAACUUUGUGCUCGUUAACAGGUACAAAGAUGGCCGUGACCACAUCGGUGAACACAGAGAUGAUGAAAGGGAACUGGCUCCCGGGAGCCCCAUAGCCUCGGUCUCCUUUGGGGCCUGCAGAGAUUUCUUCUUCCGGCAUAAGGAUUCUCGGGGGAAGCAGCCCUCCCGGAAGGUGGAGGUGGUCAGGCUUCAGCUGGCCCACGGAAGUUUGCUUAUGAUGAACCACCCGACCAACACUCACUGGUAUCACAGUCUCCCCGUCCGAAAGAAGAUUCUAGCUCCACGGGUCAAUCUGACAUUUCGCAAAAUUCUGCCUACUAAAAAGUAAAAACUU